AUGAGUAGCGGUGUGCUCCCACCUGAAGCGCUUAAGCAGGCAAAAGAUUUCAUUGCCGUGUUGAAGCAACAUCCGGAACUUCUUCAUUCUCCGGAGUUGGACUUUCUGAAAGAAUACCUUUUGUCGUAUGGUUUUAAUACUAUAUGUCAACUUUCUGGUUGUUAGUAUGGGUGCGAAUAUUCCGAAACAGGACAGCAAAGGCGCGGCGCAAACGUCAUUCGAGAGCUCAUCUGAGGAGGAAGCUUCUCCAAUGGAAGAGGAGGCUCCCGAAAGCGAAGAGUCAGAGCUUGGUAGAUUGGAUUGCAUCAAUUGCCGUAAACUGAUUACGCCUUUCAGAGUUUGACACAACCGAUGUGAUACCUCCAGAAUCUGAUGAACUCCCACCAAUGGGAGAUGAUUCUGUUGAAGUUAGUGAAGAAAUGGCAGAUAAGGCCUCUGAGAAACGAUGCGAGGCGCAGGCGAAGUUUGCUGAUGGUAGGUAUAUUUGACAAAGAUGAUCGUUCUGCAGGCGAUUUUGAGGCAGCGGCGGCCCUGUUCACUGAGUCCAUUACGGCUAACCCCCACCUGUCAAUGUGCUUUGCAAAAAGAGCCGCGUAGGUUAUUUUAGUUGGCCUUGAUUUUGUAGCUGUUACGUAAAAUUGCGGAGACCAAAGGCUGCCAUCAGGGAUUGUGACAAAGCGAUCUCGCUAAAUCCGGACACAGCUCCGGCCUACAAGUGGCGUGGCUUAGCAAACAAGUAUGUAAACACACCUCUAGUCGAUCUGUAAGGUUAUUGGGUCAUUGGGAGUCGGCGUACCUCGAUUUGCAAACGUCGUUGAAACUGGACUACACGGACGAUGCAAAUGCAGCGAUUAAGGAGCUCGAACCCAAAGUAAGUGUGGGAUACACAACUCUUUAUCCUCGUUUGUGAAUUAUCUCAAAUUACGGUGCAUAAGUGGGCCGUUACAUGCUAGACGGUUCCAUGUGACUCGCCCAGUGCAGACGUUCUGCCUUACAAACUUAAGUUGGCCAGGAGAUAAUUAUCCCCUGAUGUACUUUUGACGUUUUACUGUAGGCACUGCGUAGUUUCACCAUCGCCUUUUGAUGAAUUACGUUUUUUUCGAAUUUUAGUACAAGAGGAUACACGAACACAAGCUCAAGUAUGAACGGAAAACGGAGGAGAAGAAAUAUACUGAGCUGAAGAAAGCUCGAGAGGCUAGACAGAGGGCAUACGAAAAGGCGAAAAAGGUGAGUCGUAUUGAGUCGCUACCUUCUUGCAUUACCACGACAGGCCUUUCUUUGCUAAAUUACGUUGGAAUAUACAAAUUGUGUAUCUUAUUGUUCUUUGCACCUGGAGCGGCCACUGCAACACCUUUUAUGGAUUUCGAAUUUUAAAUGCACUGAACCCACAUCUGCCUAACAGUCGCCACCCUUAUGUUUAUGUGUCCAGCGUUAAGUUUAAGCAGUCCCGACCCUCUGUACUCUGGAGCACCCAAGCGAUACUUUCGUGUUUAGCUUCAUGAGUCUUUUUCAAUUAGUGACAUUUUUAUCAGUCCUGGAAUGCAAGCUUCUUGUGAGUAGAAUCAAAGACCACCACGAGCAUCCUUUUACCAUCUCAUGGGAUUUAGUUGUCUACAUUCAUUUUGACUCCACGUAUUAAGUGCCAUUUCUGGAUUAUUGCCAGCCACAUCUAUUCACCUGUCGCUUUACGUUGCAUACAGGAGGAGGCCAAGGCACGUGCUCGGGAACAUUUUAAUAUGCCGUCUGGCAUGCCUGGCCAAAUGCCCCCAGGCAUGGAGAAUAUCUUUGGUUCCCUGUUUUCUGAUCCAGAGAUGAUGGCGGCCAUGCAGGUAACUUAAGUAUAAUACUUUAUCCCCGCUCUCAACAUUGUCAUGUUUGCUAACUUCGCGUAGUAUGUCCUGAUGUUUAAUAAACGACUAUUUCUAGGAUCCAGAAAUCCAAUCUGCGUUUUCGGAAGGGAUGUCAAACCCUGCUGCCUUUGCGAAGGCUGCAAAAAAUCCGAAAUUCGCUAAUCUUAUGAAGAAAAUGCAAGAAAAUAUGAAGGGCUCAGGGGGAGCCACAUUUGCUCCGCCAGGUGGUCACACGCCGCCCACGAGUUCAGCAGGAGAUGGUACGUAUUCUUCAAAUCUAACAUCUUUGUUUCUCAUUGGUCCGUUCCGCUAAGUUAUUUUCGACCCCACUGCCCCUAAUUCAUUCAUGUAUUAUUGUCUACAAGGUACGAAUGCACUCCCCUACUUGUUAAUUGCUGCCAGCUCAACAGUAUUCGUGCGCAAUCGACCCUUCUAGAUAAGACGAAACAUAUGCGAGAACUCAAGACAUGUAGUGCAUAGGGGUAGUUAAAAUCAAUCCUGCACUCUUCUUUCGUUCCAGAUAGGCCUGGUCGCGUCACCGAUCACUGUUAGGUUUUGGAUUCUUCUUCAGGCUAUAGUUCGAUUCUCUGCCUUUUCUUUUCAUGUUUUCUGAUUUAUUGAAUUCGUUGCGGUGCUGAUUUAGAGCCCUGCAGUCCUGUGUGGCUGCGACCGAAUGCAUGAAAACUCACACGUGAUUCUUGCGCCAUCACAGCAGUGUUGUAGGGCGUUAGUGUUGCAACUGCCUUAUGGUCUCUGUCGUUUUCUAUUCUUGCCUAGCUAUAUUAACCAUUUUACGUUAAAAUAUCUCAAAACUGCUUCGCUUGUUAACCGUAGCCAUCCUCUGCUUUCGAAUGAACUUCCCGACCACCUGCAAGCUACGCUCUGCAAAAAAUGACUACUUAAGUAGUAUAGAUUUUUCUUAUUGCAUCCCGAUGUCCAUAUGAAUUCAAAUACAUUUCAUAAAAAGCGUACAUAAGAUGUUUAUCCCCUUCUCGUCUGGUAGAAAAUCACGUUUGCAAAUUUUAUACUUGAAGGAAGGGUAUUAUUCAGUUUAAAAGAAGUUUCUAGUGAGAUUUUCAAGACCGUGAACUGCCCGUUCAUUAAACAUCGUGUCUCUGCAUUUACUAAUACUGCUUGUAAAGUUCACAUCGCUCAAAUCCACUGCCAAAUUGUAUGAACCCCACAUGGUCUCCUUUCAAUAGUGUAUAGAAAUGUAUGGUUUUCCGUACACGGAAAAUAUACGGCCUGUAGUUUGGAAGCCCUGAAUUAAAGUCUUACGGCAGGUCCGAUUCAGAUUAUUCGGAAACCGGAAAGUUUUCUUAAACUAAAUCAUAUCCUUUCUUCAAGUAUAAGAUUCGAAGAAGACGUAAUUGUCCACCAAACGAGUACAGGAAUGAAUAUUUCUACAUAUGUUCUCUAGGAAAAAUAUUUGAAUUUAUAUGGACAUCAAGAAUCAAUUAGAAAAAUUCAUACUAUUUAAGUAGUCUUUUCUUGCAGAGUGCAGUUUGCAGACUCUCGGAAAGAAGUUCAUUCGGAAGCCAGUUUCCUGAAGCAACUGGAUUAUCAUAGGGUUAUGCUGCACGGUAACUAGUAUUACAACCCUACCAAUCUUUUCGAGUCGAUAACGCAUUUCAGAAUUUCGGAAAACAUUUCAUGAGUUAGAACCUCUACUGUAAUAUCCUUCUCUGAAAGUAUUUACUAAAUUCUUAUCCCUCCCCCUAUAUCACUGCCCUCCCUUACCAUUCCGUGCAACCCACAGAAUACAUUAUGUUAGAUGGUCAUAAAAUUUAUGUUGCCUUCACUCGGCCCUCAUUUAUGAAGUGACGUUAUCGUGGCAUUGUCUAUUUGGUGACUCUAAGCCGCGUUUUCAUCCAGACUAAGAAAAUUUCGAGUCUUAGUGCAUGACCCAUAAUAUAAACAGGAGUCGGAUGCUUGUCUCGAGCAGUAUCAGAAGACUUGGAUUCACAAGGCAGAAUUUCAGAUUCUGGACCUGGAAGCCAUUUUUAACGCCGUUACUCAUAUCUUAAAGGUGUCCUCUCCGGCCUGCUAUUGACGUUAUGUGUUGGCAUUAAACCUAAGUAAUGGUGACCUUUCGUCACAGGAGGGCUCAGGAGUUAUUCUCAACGGAAUUUGUGUACACUGCCUUUGGUGGUUCAAUUGCGAAGUCAUACCCCGGCAUAUGUGCCACAGAUUACAUAUUUGCGUCUAUUUCUGUUGUUUCCUUCUUAAAGAGCGACUAUUUGGUCAUCACUUUUUUUUCAACUUUUAGAUCUGGACUAA